AUGAAUCACUUCACUUUUUGUCUUUACAUUUCCAGUUUAUUCCAUCUAACAAAUGCUCCUGCAGUAUGCUUAAAAUGUUUACGAAUUAGCCAUUGUAGAGAAAUAACCAGUGAUGUACUUGAAAAGUUGAUUGAAGCGUGUCCUAAAUUAACAUUAUUGUACGCCUAUGGAUUUGUUUCCAUUAAUGAUUGGGGCUUCCUUCAAAAAAUACGUCCUAGUUUAUUAGUGGAGAAAGGUAUUUAA